UGGCUUGAUGAUCCUUUGGUCAUUCCGAAUCUCACCAGUCGUCUGCUAUCAAACCUGCAGCUCGUUGAGGCUCACACAUCUCGCCCCAGCAGCCUGCAAACGAGCCUGGAAAGCUUGCCUCAGGAGCUCCAGGACAGGAUUAUGUCACUCCUCCGGGAGGGAACUAACGGCCUGGACUGCACUCGCUUGUUGCCACAGUCAUGCUGGAAGCAUCUCUUUCUUCGAAUACCAUUUCUCUGGGACCUCGACAAAACGCUUGUGUCAGAGUUCAAAGACAAAGAUGGCAAGGAAUGGGAUUGGGAAAGACUAUUCCGGCAACUCAUGGCGCGCGUUGAACCCCCUACCUAUCCCGAGAACAGCGACAUCAAAGCAUGGGAUCACGGCGAGGUAGGGCUGGAUGUACCUCCUGGCUUCACUAAUCGGCGGCGCAUCUGGCAGCUUCUCGAAAAUAUGGAUCCUAAUGAGGUGGAG